UUUCCCGUCGUCCACUCAGCGUCUGCGUCCACUAUUUAUACUCGGCGCACGCUCCCUUCCCUCCCCAAGUCCCCCAGCCUUGCUAUCUCUGCUUGCAGAGAGCCAUGGAACCUGACGCGAUCCAUGCACCCACGACCUCCUCUUCCUCCUCCUCUUGCGACUCAACGGUCAUCGGUGGCACGCAAGAGACGUCCAAGAAGAACAACCCCAAGCACCUGAAACGCAAGAGAGCCGCCAUCUCUCCCGAGACCGACGUCGGCGCCGCCGGCGGGGGCGAGGAGAGCAGCUGCUGCACUACGGCCGUGGACGAGCGCACGACGAAGAUCAGCGCGGCCGGAAGGCACCCGUCGUAUCGCGGCGUGCGGCGGCGGAGCUGGGGCAAAUGGGUGUCGGAGAUCCGGGAGCCCCGCAAGAAGUCGCGCAUCUGGCUCGGCACCUUCCCGACCGCGGAGAUGGCCGCGCGCGCGCACGACGUGGCCGCGCUCGCCAUCAAGGGCGCCGCCGCGCGCCUCCUCAACUUCCCGCACCUCGUGGGCGAGCUCCCGCGCCCGGCGUCCGCCUCCCCAGCCGACAUCCAGGCCGCGGCCGCCUUGGCCGCCGCGCAAUGCGAGCCGCCCCCCGCUGCCGCUUCGUCCUCCUCCGUCGAUGCCGAGACGGAGACGUCGGCAUCGGCAUCGGCAUCGGCCGCGAGCUCUUUCGGCAGCGAGGAGAAGCAGGCCGAGAACGCGCUGUUCGACUUGCCCGACCUUCUGCUGGACCUCAGGGACGGCCUCUGGUGCUCGCCGACGGCCUGGGCGUCGGCCCCGGACGAGUACAGCGUCGAGCUGCAAGAGCCGCUCCUGUGGGUGGAGCAGUGCUGGAUGGACGCUGCCGCGCCGGUGCACCCGGCUUAGCCUUAGCCGUUUUUCCGGUCCGGACACGCGGGGCACCACGUACGAGUCACUCACGGCUGCCCACCCACCGUGGUUGCCCGGAAACGGACGACCCGGUACACAUCACAUGGCGCGCGCACUUCUUCCUUUUCCAACGUCGUGCUUUGCUUCGCGCUUGUCAGCUCGUGGUGGCAAGUCGUCCUGGAGUGAGGUGAACGGAGGGUCGGCUUCAAGCACUAGCAUGGGUGGGGGGGGGGGGG